UUGGUUUGUCAACAGAGCGAUGGCUGACGAGACGAGAAUUUCAUUAAAUUUUGAGAUUUUAAAUUAAUUAAAGUUAAAAGAGAGAAUUCUCUUUAAGAUUUGAAUAAAGUUCUCUAUCAGAACCUCUCCUCACAAUGUCAUCCAGUCGCUCCAAAUCCUCGAUCCUGGACAAGCCACUGAGCAAAGGAAAGGGGGAGAUUUCUUUGGCCUUUUACGCCCUGCUUUUCUCCGAAAUAGUUCAGUAUUGUCAGAACCGCUCACAUUCUAUUCACGAGCUGCAAAACAAAUUAUCAGACAUUGGUCAAGAUGUAGGCACAAGACUCCUCGAUCUGUAUUUCGUUCGUGAAAGAAAUAGUAAAAGGGAAAUUAAACUGCUAAAUAUGCUGUUAUUUGUGAAGUCGACAUUAUGGAAGGUAUUGUUUGGAAAAGAAGCUGAUAAGUUGGAACAUGCAAAUGAUGAUGAAAGAACCUACUACAUAAUUGAAAAGGAUGCACUGGUUAACAAAUUCAUAAGUGUGCCAAAGGACAAAGGUUCCCUCAACUGCGCCACUUUCAAUGCUGGCAUCAUUGAAGCUGUCCUAACCAAGAGUGGAUUUCCUGCAAAAGUCACAGCUCACUGGCAUAAGGGAACCACUUACAUGGUGAAGUUUGAUGAUUCAGUCAUAUCCAGAGACAAAUCACUGGAUGAUCGCUAAUUAUAUGCUCCUCUGCUACCUCUAUAAUAUGUUAAAUUAAAAUACUUGUAAUAAAUCUGUAAGCUUUA